GAAAGAAAGAAAGAAAGAGAGCGACGGGAGAUGAGAGAUAAUAAAGUGCCGCCUUCCCAGCUCACCUAGUUAUGCAGUGAGGUGUCUUAUGAUCUCCAGACCGGAGCUGUCCAUGUGAAGAAGGAAAACUUAGAAGAGAAGAACAGACACUUGGGGGGGAGAGAAGAGUUUAACACGGAGAAAUGGCUUCGGCCAACAGUGACGACAUGGAGGAAAAACUGGCACACAUGAAGAAACGGGAGUGUGAGUGGGGUGACCCAGGGGAUUUGUGUGUAAAGGUGGAGGAGUGUGAAGAAAGAAUUUCAGUGUUUAAAGAAGAGCAGCCUAAGGGGGAGACUUGCGCCAUUAAAGUUGAGGAUUCAGAGGAUUUUCCGGUUAGUCUUGGAGUGCAGACGCAUGAAACUGGGCAUAUUUUCAAGCGACAUAUCUGUGAAGAGCCUCCUUCCUGUUUACAGCCGCAGCUCACUAAUACAGCACAGCAGAAUUCUCUGGAAGUGAAAUCGGAGUCAUCGGAGUUUGAAGAGAAAGUCAGUGAAGGAAACAGGAGAGGAGCAGAAGAACAGAGUGCUGGGAUACAUUCACAGGAGAAUGGCAGCUUUUCCACAUCAUCUUUUACCCAGCCCUCUCUUCACUGCAGACAGCCACACAAAUGGGACAAUGAGAAGAUGGAGAAAUCAACAAGUGGAUCACAGAGCAUAACAGCACUCUCUUUGCAGAGCAGUUCAUUUCCUGAUGUUAAACUAAGAUGGACAGAGUCCAUCAACACUGAUCAACAAUUGCAUAAACACUUCAUUCACCCUGGAGAGACGCACUAUUGCUGUUCCGAAUGUGGAAAACAAUUCCCUGACAGUGGAAGUUUUCAGAGGCACACACAAACUCAUACUGGAGAGAAGCCAUAUUGCUGCUCUGACUGUGGCAAACGAUUUCUCAAAAACAACAGUCUUCAAAAACACAUAAUAAUUCACACUGGAGAGAAACCCUAUUACUGUUCCGAAUGUGGAAAACGAUUUUCUGACAGUAGCAAUUUUCGACAGCACACACGAAUUCAUACUGGAGAGAAACCAUUUGGUUGUUCCGAAUGUGGUAAACGAUUCUCACAAGUAAGCCAUCUUCAGAACCACACAAGAAUCCACACUGGCGAGAAACCCUUUUGCUGUUCUGAAUGUGGAAAACGGUUCUCUGGCAGUAGCAGCUUUCAGAAGCACACACAAACACAUACGGGAGAGAAACCAUUUGGUUGUUCCGAAUGUGGUAAACGAUUCUCACUACUAAGCCAUCUUCAGAGGCACACGAGAAUCCACACUGGCGAAAAACCCUAUUGCUGUUCUGAAUGCGGCAGAAAAUUCUCUGACAGUAGCAAUUUUCGACAGCACUCACGAAUUCAUACUGGGGAGAAGCCAUAUUGCUGCUCUGAUUGUGGCAAACGAUAUUCCAGUAACAGCAGUUUUCGUAAACAUAGAAGAAUUCACACUGGAGAGAAACCUUAUUGCUGUUCAGAAUGUGGAAAACAAUUCUCUGACAAUAGCGCUCUUCGACAACACACGCGCAUUCAUACUGGAGAGAAGCCGUAUUGCUGCUCUGAAUGUGGGAAAAGAUAUUCUAGUAAUAGCAGUUUUCAUAAGCAUACAAAAGUGCACACUGAAGGAAAACCUUUAUUGCCGUUGUGAAGGUGAUAACAGGAUUCUCCAUUUUGUAAGGGCUGCCUAGAAACCAAAGAAUUCACUCUGAAGAGAAAGAGAACCUUGAAGGCGGGUCUUAUAGAGGGGGGAAAAAAAGGAGUCAAAACCUCACCUGCCUAUAUACUCAAGUCUUGAUGAGUACCUUCACAUGGUGGGCUUUAUUACUGAGCAAGUCUCAUCAAGGUAAAGCCAUCUUAGAAUGAAAUCAUCAAGAAUUAAAAUUCAGUAAUGGCUGCACAUCUUUCAGAUGAAAAGAUACGGGAAUGUGAUAAUGGUAGGGAUUAUGUGACUAGGAGAAGAAGAUCUCCACUGUGGUGUCAGUUCAGAUGAACAGCGGUGCUGGCCUCACCAUAAUGGAACAAACAAGACCACAAAAUCGUAUCAUGGGAAAGAAAAUAAGAUGACUGGACAAAGUUCAGUGGUCAACUGAAGACAAAGAGGAGGUCAAAUACUGAGUUUCUUUUAAAGGGAUAUGCCUGGUGGGCUCCCAUAAACCUGCAAUCCAGAAAUUGAGCCUCCUGUUCCAAAUUAAAUAAUAUAACAGACACAGACUUGAGAUCCCUAAUUGGAAUAAAGCUAUUAAGCAAACAGAAAUCUGAAUAUUUUCAAGGAAUCACAAUGUAUGAUUAAAAAGUCAAGAUCCAGCAGGUAUGAAAACAGAAAGGGAGAAGAUCUGGGAUGAAGAGAAGAAAAGAGGGACCUCAUGGUGUAGUAUUUUUGAAAACUCAAAGCAUCAGAUGGAGUAAAAACAGACCUGUUUGGAAACAAAUUUGGAAACAAACCCCUAAAUAUGAAAGGACAUGAUGAUGGAUCAGCCAAAAGUGCAAAGUCCUCAACAGCAAUCGAUUCUCAAAUAGUGAGAUUCUAAAACAGUAAGGAAAGGUUCUGAAGAAGCUUAAAAUGGAAAGUUCAAAAUUGUCUCCCUGCAAAAAUCACAAGUGAACGCCAACCCAGUGAUGACGUGAGUUCAAGUGUUAAGAGAGACAUCAGCAAGAAGUUAACCAAACUCCAAAAAAUAGAGCAGACCAGUUCAAGAGAAUAACCCAGCUAUACUGUCCCAUAGAGGACAAUGAAAUUCAAGAAAUGAAGGUGAAGCUCCUGGAACAAACGGGCACUGACAUCCACAAAGCGAGAGACGUUAGCAAGAGUAACAUGAAAGCUGAGCCAUACAAACUCCUAGGCGUUAGGUGAACAUGGCCACGCUGGAAUAUGUCAGAUGGCCUUUGCUUGUCCAUGAUGGGAAGGUCUGGAUUUGAG